AUGGCGAAAGAUCAACCCCCAGAUACGGACAAGGCAAUGGAAUUUAAGGAAAAGGGAAACAAAUGCUUCGAAAAGCAAGACUACCGCGGUGCGGAGGCUUACUACACUACAGCCAUAAACCACGACCCCAAAAACCCCCUCCUCUUCACUAACCGCGCCAUGGCCCUCCUCAAAAUGUCCCUCUGGGAUCAAGUCAUCACCGACUCGCUCCACGCCAUCUCCCUCCUCCCCACCAACAUGAAAGCAUACUACUACCUCGCACAAGCCCAGAUCGCGCUCCACCAAUCCGAAUCCGCGCUCACCCACGCCCUCAAAGCACACAGACUAUGCGUACAAGAGAUCCAGAAGACCGGGAAGAUUGGCGCUAGUCUAGGGGUCAUAACGGAGCUGGUUCUGCGCUGCAAGAAAGAGGAUUGGGAGCGCAGAGAGAAGGAACGGAGUCGGCGACGCGGGGGGUUCAGGGAGGAGAUUAUGGGGUUGUUGGAGAAGGAACGGGAUAGGGUGCUUGCGGAGGCGCAAGAGGGAGGGGAAAGGGCGGAUUUGAAAAGGGAGUUUGAGGAUAAGAUUGAGGAUUUGCGGGAGCUGUUUGCGAGUUCGGAUUUAGCGCAUGAUCCGCGCCAGAGGAAGAGCGUGCCGGAUUAUUUCGUGGAUGAUAUUACGUUUGCGGUUAUGGUUGAUCCGGUUGUGACCAAAACAGGUAAUUCUUACGAACGCGCUUCGAUCAUGGAACAUCUCAAACGCAGUCAUACCGACCCUCUGACGCGCGAACCGCUUACGAUGGAGGAUUUGAGACCGAAUCUGGCGUUGAGGGCUGCGUGCGAGGAGUAUCUACAUGAUAAUGGAUGGGCUGUGGAUUGGUAG